GGAUGGAUCUAUUCUAAUACUGACAGAUUUUUAAUAGCUUCGUCCUUCCUCUCGCCUCCCCCGCGGAUCAGCUUCAGCCUGGCUGUGCUGUGCUGGAUUGGAUUGGAUCCAGCAGGAAGGACCCCUCGGAACCCUCGCCGCGCCGGAUGCCACCUCGCCGCCGUUCAUGUCACGCAUGAAGCACCUGCUCCGCAAGCUCCACCUCUCCGGCGCCGGCAGCGCCGGCACCGGCACCGGCACCGCGUCGACCCCGCCCCCCGACCACCACCGCCCGCGGCAGCGCCGCCCAGCCAGCUCGCCCCCUCCACCCCCGCCCCCAGUCGUGCCCGCGUCGGCCGCCGAGCCCCCGCCCCCUGCCGCCGCCUCCCCGGACGAACCAACGGGGAUGGGGGCGGAGACGACGAUGACGCGCCUCGAGGAGGAGUACCACGUGCGGCUGGCGCUCGCGAUCUCGGCCUCGGACCCCGCGGGGCUGGUCGACCCGGACUCCGUCCAGAUGCGGGCCGCCGAGCGGAUCAGCCUGGGCGGGCCCGCCGCCGCCCCGGGGGACCGGACCACCAUGGAGGCCCUCGCCGCGCGCUACUGGAACCACAACGUCAUCAACUACGACGAGAAGCUCUGCGACGGAUUCUACGACAUCUGCGGCGCGCCCAUGGAUCCGGGGUUCCAGCUCAAGUUCCCCUCCCUCACCACCCUCACGUCCGUUCCCCCAGAACGACACAUCCCCUACGUCGCCAUCCUGGUCAACCGGGAGCGCGACCCGGCGCUGAAGCGCCUCGAGGGCCGGGCCGUGGCGAUCGCCGCGCAGAGCAGGGCGCAGCGUGGCGGGCUCGCGUCCGCUGAGCUGGUGCAGAAGAUCGCUGGCCUCGUGGUUGAUGCCAUGGGCGGUGUGGUGGAGGAUGCUGAUGGGAUGAACAGGGAAUGGUUCGCCAGGAGCCGCCAGCUCUGUGCUGGGCUCAACACCAUCGCCCUCCCUCUUGGCUCGCUUCGGAUUGGCCUCUCGCGCCAUAGAUCUCUGCUUUUCAAGGUACUAGCUGACCAAAUUAAUCUGCCAUGCAAGCUUGUCAAAGGAAUAUGCUAUACUGGAACAGAUGAAGGGGCCAUUAACUUUGUUAAAAUUGACUUUGACAGUGCUGAAUAUAUUGUUGACUUGAUGGGAGCUCCAGGCACCUUAAUACCUUCAGAGAUUUCUGUCAGUCAGUUUCAGGACUCCAACAAUAGCCAGCUGAGCAGCGAUGCCAUUGAAGAGAGCGUCGCAGAACUAUGCAUAGCUCUUGAGCAGGUUAGCGGGGUAUAUGAGAGUAAAAAUGACAUGGGGGGAAGUUCAUCUGACCUAGCACUCACAACUCCACGUUUGGAAGAUGGCGGUAUUUCUCAGCAGAUGGAAGUAAAUGAAACUUCCAAGUAUUUAGCUCCGGAAGGUGUGGACUCACAGUUCGCACAAAAUUUGCAUGACUUGCUCCUGGAGAGUGGUGCUUUGCUUCCGACUGGUUUGUUGUCCGAUAAAAAUAGUCGUAAUUGCAGUAGCACAACAGAAAUGAGCAAAACCACUUCUCCUGAUGGUAAAGAAACUGCUGGGUGGUUGCUAGUAGCUCAAACAAGUCAAAAUUCACCAAAAGAUUCUGUGGCUGGAGAUUGUCUAUCAAAGCUUCCCUUUCCAUCUUAUGAAGAUGUGCCAUACCCUGUUGAGAAUACAGAAGCAACUAUCAGAAAUUUGGAUGCUGAUAUUUCAACUGAGGGCGGAAAGGUUGCUGACGAUUCUUUGGUAAACGUGUCAGCAAGUAGCAGUGUGACUAUGGACAAGUUGAGCUGUUCUAGUACGAAAACAAUCAGCUCUGUUAUGGAUGAUGUUGCUGAAUAUGAAAUAUCAUGGGAAGAUCUUGAGAUUGGAGAUCGCAUUGGUCUAGGUUCAUACGGUGAAGUAUAUCAUGCAGAUUGGAAUGGCACGGAGGUUGCGGUGAAGAAAUUUCUUGACCAGGAUGUAUCAGGCGUCGCACUAGAGCAAUUCAAAUGUGAAGUGAGAAUCAUGUCAAGGCUAAGACAUCCCAAUGUAGUUCUGUUCUUGGGAUAUGUGACGCAUCCUCCAAAUCUUUCUAUAUUAACCGAAUAUCUUCCAAGAGGGAGCCUAUAUCGCCUAUUGCAUCGCCCAAAUAGCAUAGUUGAUGAAACACAAAGGUUAAAAAUGGCACUGGAUGUGGCUAAAGGGAUGAAUUACUUGCAUUCUAGCCAUCCUACUAUUGUUCAUCGUGAUUUGAAAUCCCCAAAUCUUUUAGUGGAUAGAAAUUGGGUUGUUAAGGUGUCAGAUUUUGGAAUGUCUAGGUUGAAGCAUCACACUUUUCUUUCCUCCAAGUCCACAGCUGGAACACCAGAGUGGAUGGCUCCAGAAGUUCUGCGUAACGAACCAGCUAACGAGAUGUGUGACGUCUACAGUUUUGGAGUAAUACUGUGGGAAUUAGCUACAUUGAGCGUACCUUGGAGUGGACUGAAUCCAAUGCAAGUUGUGGGAGCAGUUGGUUUCCAGAACAAACGACUAGAGAUCCCCAAAGAAGUCGACCCACAAGUCGCUAGCAUAAUAUAUUCAUGUUGGGACAAUGAUCCAAGCAAACGACCAUCGUUCUCCCAGCUCUUGUCACCGCUAAAGAAAUUACAGCGGUUACUUGUUACAGAAAAACACUGACAAUUCCAGAGGCAUACCUCUGGAUAAUGCAAAAAAGGAAGAAAAAUACAAAAUAUUUAUGCUACUACAUGGACCAAGUUUUUCAUGUUGAAGCCUGCGGAGAUGUAUUCAAGAUCUCUGCACUAUGGAUGCGCAAGGACAAAGGUUCUGCACAUCCUUUUGUGAAAAAUUGUAAGAACUAUCUGAAGCAGCGCAAAGGUGCUGCUGAAGAAAGUGUAGCGUGUUAGUUCCAGAUGAAGAAAAUGUGGUGCAGCACGAAGUGCUCUGUGCCAUGGUAAAUAAUUGUUCAGGUCUGGGGAUGGUGGGUGUGAUUCUGAGAAUCAGAAUUCACAGCAAAGAUAGAAUCUUGAUUUUUGCUCGCUUAAAACAGAAAAUUGAAAGAAAAAAGGGACCAAAAGUUUUUGGCAUCUGCAAAAAGUUGCAGCCUGUAUGUUAACAAAUGCAGUCUUGUAUAUCUUGUAUGCAAAUGUUACUUGGCAUC